CUGGUGGUGGGGGCGCGAGGCAGCGCCAAAGGCGGCGCCAUGUCUGCAGACCUGGAGGACGUGCGGCACCUGCUGUGGGGGCGCUCCGGAGGCAAGGACCCCGUCUUCCGCUCCUGGUCACAGGGCUUCUCGUUCAGCCCGCACGAGCCGACGGCGCUGGUGCAGCUCGAGGGCGGGCCGUGCGCCGUGCUGGCCGCGGUGCAGGCGUUCAUCCUCCGCUCCAUCCUCUGCCAGCGAGACUCACUCGACUGGCGGCGCGUCGACCCUGACGGGGUGGACCAGCUGCUCAUCGACGCCGUUACGCACAUCGUCUGCCAGGCGGUGGACGACCUGUCGGAUCGCGCGUACGUCCUGGUGGAGCUGCCGACGCAGGGGGAGGGGAUAGAGGCGUACGUGGGCCCCGACUUCUUCCACGAGGAGCUGCGGGUGCUGCCCCUGGAGACGCGCGCGGAGGUGCGUCACUUCUUCGCGACGCACGUGUCGGCUCUGCGCGGCACGUACGGAGUGCUGUUGCUGCUCUACUCGCUGCUCGCCUCCCGGGGGCCCGCCAACCUCCUGCUCGAGGUGAACGACCCGUCAGAACCGCUGAUCGACCCGGAGCACGGCUACGGCGGCCAGAGCCUGAUCAACCUGAUGCUGACGGGCCGAGCCGUCAGCAACGUCUGGGACGGAGACCGCCACAUCGACGGCAUGCUGCUCAGGGGCAUCGAGCGCCAAAGCGAGGUGGGCUUUCUGACGGUGAUGGAGCGCGCGCGCCACUGCGAGGUGGGGGCGUGUCUGAAGAGCCCCCGCCAGCCGGUGUGGCUGCUGGCCAGCGAGACGCACCUCACCGUGCUCUUCUCCGCCGAGAGGCGCCUCGCCGGGGACUGGGCUCCCACAGAACAGGCGCGCCGGGUCUUCCGGCAGUUCGACGCCGACGGCGGCGGGUUCGUGCCCAGAGCUCUGCUGCCCGAUGUGCUCGCCGCCCUAGGCAUGACGGCGGACGGAGACUUCACGGACGUGCUGUGCGAGCAGCUGGACCCGGACGGGUGCGGCGUGGUGCUGGAGUCUGCCUUCCUGCGCGAGCUGUGUCCGCCCUCGGAGCCGCUGCCCUCCUCCUUCAUCCUGUACCACUACAACGGGCUGUCCGGCUCCGCGCCCGAUGGCAAGGUGGUGUACCGCGUGGCGCAGGCGUUUCUGGAGGACGAGCAGGACGCGCGCAGCUACGAGGAGCGGCCGCCCGUCGACAUCCUGGGCUGCCUGCAGACCAAGUGGCCCGCCAUCCGCCUACGCUGGCUCGCCGGCGCCCCGCCCUCGCUCAACUAG